CCCCGCCCCGCCCCCGCGGCCAAGGGCAAACCCAGCGAGGCCGCCAAGGAGAUGCCCUCACCAGCUGUCAAAGAAUCUCUUGCUUCCAUCGUCAAGAAGGCCCCUGCUCCCGUCGUCAAGGAGGGCCCUGCUCCCGUCGUCAAGGAGGGCCCUGCUCCCGUCGUGAAGGAGGCCCCUGCUCCCGUCGUCAAGGAGGCCCCUGCUCCCGUCGUGAAGGAGGCCCCUGCUCCCGUCGUCAAGGAAGGCCCUGCUCCCGUCGUCAAGGAGGCCCCUGCUCCCGUCGUCAAGGAGGCCCCUGCUCCCGUCGUCAAGGAGGCACCAGCUGUCAAAGAAUCUCUUGCUUCCAUCGUCAAGAAGGCCCCUGCUCCCGUCGUCAAGGAGAUGCCUGCACCGAUCGUCAUGGAGGUAUCUGUUCCCUUUGUCAAGGAGACACCUGCAGCGGUUGCCAAGGAGACGCCUGAGCCUGUUGCCAAGGCUCCCGUCUCAGGUGCUAAGAUGUCUUCCGUCACAGAGCUGGCCAGUAAGGCAGACACCGGUGCCAGUCCUGCAUCAGUUCCUGGACCAACCCCUGAGCCAGUCGUCCAGGCAACGGUUGCCGAGGCCAAUCCUCCUCCUGUUGCUAAAGACACACCUCUGACGGUUGCCAUGGACAUCCCAUCAGAUGUCACUGCCGCCACGGCAACACCUGCACCUGUUACUACUGCCCCAGCCGAGGAGAGGGAAGAGUCCCGUCCCCCUGCUCCUGAAAGCACUAUGCAAGCUGCUAUUUCUGUGCCAAAGAAGAAGAGGAAGAUGAAGGAGCUCAACAAAAAGGAGAUGCUGGGAGACCUUCUAGAUGCCUUUAAAGAGACAGUGCCAACUCCACCUGAGCCGGAGAAGACCACGCCCACUGCCCCACCCCCUAAGAAGGAGGUCCUACAUAUAGCCCCGCCCACUGAGGACGCUGAAGAGACAUGGGAGGAGAAAGAGGACAAGCUGGAUGCUGCCAACAUCCAAUCACAGAGCUCCUCUCGGGCCACGCCCACCGAGAACAUCCAAUCACAGAGCUCCUCUCGGGCCACGCCCACCGAGAACAUCCGACCACAGCGUUCUUCUCCGGCCCCGGCCACGCCUACCGAGAACAUCCAAUCACAGAGCUCCUCUCGGGCCACGCCCACCGAGGCCAUCCAAUCACAGAGCUCCUCUCAGGCCACGCCCACCGAGGCCAUCCAAUCACAGAGCUCCUCUCGGGCCACGCCCACCGAGAACAUCCGACCACAGCGUUCUUCUCCGGCCCCGGCCACGCCUACCGAGAACAUCCAAUCACAGAGCUCCUCUCGGGCCACGCCCACCGAGGCCAUCCAAUCACAGAGCUCCUCUCAGGCCACGCCCACUGAGGCCAUCCAACCACAGCGUUCUUCUCCGGCCCCGGCCACGCCUACUGAACCGAAAUACCAGUACAAAGAAGAGCAAUGGAAGCCCGUGGACCUGGAGGCUAAGAAGACGUACGACAGAGUGUUUCUCCUGGGCUUCCAGUUCAGCAGCGCCAGCCUGCACAAGCCUGAGGGUCUGCCACAGAUCAACGACGUGGUGCUGGAUAAGGCCAAUAAGUCUCCGCUGCAGCAGCAGGACCUGUCCCGCCUGCCUGGCCUGAGCGCGGGGCCGGACUUCACCCCCUCCUUCGCCAACCUCGGCAGGCAGCCAAGCGGGGGCCGCGGCCCGCCGUCCGGUGGUCUCGCCGGCCCGCGGCGCUCCGGUCAGGGUAUGGAGAGACGUAAGGAGCCGCGUAAGAUCAUCCUCUCCAGCGCGUCGCUGAACAACGAGGUCAAGCUCAACCGCGCCGAGAAGGCCUGGAAGCCGGUGUCCAAGCGGCGCGUGGGCGAGGAGGAGGCGGCGGGCGCGCAGACGGCGGAGCUGUUCCGGCGCAUACGGAGCGUGCUCAACAAGCUCACGCCGCAGAUGUUCCAGCCGCUCAUGAAGCAGAUCACGGAGAUGACCAUCGACACGGAGCCGCGCCUCAAGGGCGUCAUCGACCUCGUGUUCGAGAAGGCCAUCGCCGAGCCCAACUUCAGCGUGGCGUACGCCAACAUGUGCCGCUGCCUCAUGGGGCUGAAAGUGCCCAUGGCGGAUAAGCCCAGUGUGACGGUGAACUUCCGGAAGCUUCUGCUGAACCGCUGCCAAAAGGAGUUUGAGAAGGACCAGGACGACGACGAGAUCUUCGAGAAGAUGCAGAAAGAGUUGGAGGCUGCUAAGGAGGAGGAGCAGCAGCGUCUGAAGGAUGCGCUGGAGGAGGCCAAGGACAAGGCGCGGAGGCGGUCGCUAGGCAACAUCAAGUUCAUCGGCGAGCUGUUCAAGCUGAAGAUGCUGACGGAGCCGAUCAUGCACGACUGCGUGGUCAAGCUGCUCAAGAACCACGACGAGGAGAGCCUGGAGUGUCUGUGCCGCCUGCUCUCCACCAUCGGAAAGGACCUCGACUUUGAGAAGGCCAAGCCCCGUAUGGAUCAGUAUUUCCACCAAAUGGAGAAAAUCAUCAAGGAAAAGAAGACCUCCUCAAGAAUCCGCUUCAUGCUGCAAGACCUGUUGGACCUGAGACGGAGUCUCUGGGUCCCUCGGCGCAGUGAUGCGGGCCCCAAGACCAUCUCUCAGAUCCAUAAGGACGCCGAGAUGGAGGAGGCACGGGAGCAGGUCAAAGUUCAGCAGCUGAUGAACAAGAAGGACUCGGGGGGGCCCCGCGGGGGCCCAGGAGGAGGAGGAGGAGGAGGAGGAGGAGGAGGAGGGGGCUGGAACACGGUCCCCAUCUCCACCAAGAACCGCUCCAUCGACCCCACGCGACUCACCAAGAUCACAAAGCCUGGAGCUCUGGACUUCAACACCACGCUGCUGGCCCCGGGCGGGAAGGGGACCUGGGGCAGCUGGGGCAAAGGAAGCAGUGGAGGAACAGGAGCGGGGGCAGGAGCAGGAGCGGGAGCCAAACCCAGCGACUCCACUCCGGAACCUGCUCGAACCAGUACUGUGAAUCGUUUCUCAGCGCUGCAACAGUCUUCAUCCUCCUCUUCCUCAGCACCUGAGGCCGACAGGAGAACCCCACAGAGGAACAGCUCCAGCCGUGAGAGGGGAGAUCGCUUUGAACGCUUUGAUCGUCGUGACGACAGGAGUGCUGACCGGCACCGUGAUGAGCGUCCCCGUGACGACCGUAACCGAGCCCCUAUGGGCAAGGGCAGCUACAGUCGUGAGCGAGACCAGCGGCCUGCUGAGGGCAUACGGAGGGUUGGCAGUGCCAGCCGGGAGCGUGGCGCCAGCAAAGAGAACUUGAAGCGUGAGGCUGCCCCCUCCCCCAGUCCUGCCCCUGAUAAACCUGCCCUGACUGAAGAGGAGCUGGAGAAGAAAUCCAACGCCAUCAUCGAGGAGUACCUCCACAUCAAUGACCUGAAGGAAGCUCUGCAGUGUGUGUGUGAGCUGCAGUGCUCCGCGCAGCUGGGUGUGUUUGUGCGCGUGUGUAUGGAGGCCACAUUGGAGCGGAGCGCGUCGGCCAGAGAACACACCGGAACACUGAUGCUCCAGCUCAUCAAGGCAGGAACGCUCAACACACAGCAGUACUACAAGGGUCUUAAUGAGCUCCUGGAGGUGGCAGAGGACAUGGCGAUUGACGUUCCCCACAUCUGGCUCUACCUGGCUGAGAUCAUCACCCCCAUGCUCCAGGAGGGUGGCAUCCCCAUGGCAACACUCUUCAAGGAGGUGGCUAAGCCGCUGCAGCCAAUGGGGAAAGCAGGAGUGAUGCUGGCGGAGAUCCUCAACCUGCUCUGCAAAGAAAUGAGCCAUAAGAAGAUUGCGUCUCUGUGGUCGGAGGCGGGGCUUAACUGGAGGGACUUCCUGCCGGAGGAUGAAGAUGUCAACAAAUUUGUGACCGAACAGGCUGUGGAGUAUACGGUGGGGGAGGAGCCAGUGAGCAGAAAGAAGGCGGAGCCUCAUAGUCCUCAGCAGCUGAGGGAGGAGCUAGAGCGACUCCUACAGGACAAGCCAGACAACCAGCGCAUCUACGACUGGGUGGAGGCAAACGUGGAGGAGAAGCAAGAGGUGUCCAGUGUGUUUGUGAAGGCGCUGAUGAUCACGGUGUGUCAGGCGGCAGUCAUCUGUGAGAAGCCCUAUAAGGUGGACACGGAGCAGAUUACCCAGAGGGCCGUGCUGCUGCAGCGCUACCUGAAGGACGAGGAGAAGGAGCUUCAGGCCCUCUACGCCCUCCAGAGUCUGAUGGUGCAGCUGGAGCAACCGCCCAACCUGCUGCGGAUGUUCUUUGACGUUCUGUACGACGAGGACGUGAUUAAGGAGGAGGCGUUCUACAGCUGGGAGACCAGUAAGGACCCGGCCGAGCAGGUGGGCAAAGGCGUCGCCCUCAAGUCCGUCACCGCCUUCUUCACCUGGCUACGAGAGGCCGAGGACGAAUCAGACAACAGCUAGAGCCAGGCCCCGCCCCCCACCACCAGAGCUGCAGAGUGGCGGACGGAAUGAUUAAAAGGAGAAGAAUAUUUGAACCGAGGAGCUGUGUGGCUUAGUUUGUGUUGGAUGUGUGUGUGUGUGUGUGUGUGUGUGUGUGUGUGUUUGUGUUGGAUGUGUUUCUGAAGCCAAGUGUCUUUACAGGGGGAGCAGGAGGCACUGCAGUGCAUUCUGGGAAAAUAGACUUUUUUUUUCUCCUAAUUUAGUUUUUUUUUUUUUUUUUUCAUUCUUUUUUUUUUUUUCUCGUCGAUGCCCGCCGCAAUAGGGACUCGAUUGAUAGCGUGUCCAUGGCGACCGAAGAGUGUGUGUGUGCGUGUGUGUGAAAGCAAUGCUGCUCAAAUCUUUAUUUUUCACAAAUCGUGUGGAUGGGAUUCUCUGUGUGUGUGUGUGUGUGUGUGUGUGUGUGUGUGUGUGUGUGUUUGACUCUGUUCUCUUCCUGGUUGAUACAUGGGAAGGAAAUGCAAAGGAGGACAGCUGCUGGGGAGCUGUGAUUGGCCGCCGUUCACUUCCUGUCUGUGGAGUGACAGGAGGGGAGAGGCCAACAGGCGCCGUGAACUUUGACCUUGUAUCUGCUCAGAGGUCAACCCGGAUGCCCUUCUGUCGUCUGUCAGUCAUCCCUUUCUUUUUCAGAGGAAGGAGAGGAAAAGACUGAGACGGAUAUGUCUCCUCCUCAUGGGCCUCGUGUGUGUGUGUGUGUGUGUGUGUGUGGCGGAGAGGACAAACACACUCGUCUGAGAAGAAACAACUUCUUGCUUUUCUUCUGAAAGCGUUUAACCACCCCUCACUCGUCCGUCUCCAGCCCGCUCUCUCUCUCUCUCUCUCUCUCUCUCUCUCUUCCACGGCUGAGGGCGGGCGUGGUGGAGUCACCAGUUUAUUGAUUACAAAUUGAAUCACUUUUUUGUAAAUAAUUUUGUUUUUGUUUUGGCUUUUCUUUCUGAAGUAUUUAAUGAAGAGAAAUCUAAUGGCUUCUUUACACAGCUCUGAACUGGACAAGACAAUAAAUAACAUUGCAGUUAAAAAAA